AUGUCAGCAAGAAAUCUAUUAGCUCAUCGUUCCUCAAGUUUGAUUUAUAAUGUAAACAAUAAUUCGGUCGAAGGUUAUAAUAGCGUUGUUGCUAAAUAUGUAGGUGGAAAGAGAAUAAACUUUUCUCAUAAAGGGUCAUAUCAAGCGAGGUGUACCGCGGCAGUGUUGUCAUAUAAUGCAGGGGCAACAUCUUUAAGUGUUUUACACAAAAAAAUUUGCAAUAAAAGUCCUGGUGUUUUUACCAAACGUUUUAUAAAUAGAAAACAGACGACGACAAUAUGUAAAACAAACAGAAAACUUACAUAUGAACCAAGUAGUAGACGAGUUACCAAAGUUAGCUUACCUGCAGAUAAAGACUAUGGCAAUUGUGAAGAAGAUAUUUGUAAAGAAUUGGAUAUGGAUGAAAAUGAUUACGAAAAACUUAAAUUAGAAUUUAUAACGAAUAAAAUUAUAAAAAAUAGUAAUGAAAUCAAAUUAAUUGAAGAAUCGACUAAACUUCAAUCAGAAUGUGAAUUAUGGCAUAAAGAAAGACGAAUUCGUUUAACCGCGUCAAACUUUGGAACCAUUUGUAAACUUCGACCGGCGACGUCUAGAGCUAAUACAAUUAAGUCAAUGUUGUAUAAAACAUUUUGCGGAAAUGAGCAUACAAGAUAUGGUAUUGAGUGCGAACCCUUUGCGAAGACAGAGUUUCAAAAACUAACAGGGCUUAAAAUUCAAGAAUCUGGCCUUUUCAUUUAUGAACAACUACCGUUUUUAGCAGCCAGUCCGGAUGGACUAUUAGAUGAUAACGGUAUAGUUGAAAUAAAAUGUCCAUCUACAAUUAAACAAUUAACUCCAAAAGAAGCUAUAGAAACUGGAAAAUUAAAAUUUGCAACUGUUGACAAUCAAGGAAAUCUACAGUUAAAAAAAAGUGACAAAUACUAUUUUCAAGUUAUGGGUCAAUUACAAAUAACUAAAAGAUUGUUUUGUUAUUUUAUAAUAUGGUCACCUAAAGGUAUAUUAUACCAAAAAAUUUUAAGAGAUGAUGAUUUUUUCGAAACCAAAAUGAAAACAUUGCUAGAAAAUUUUUAUUUCCAAGCGAUGUUGCCCGAGUUAAUAGACUCAAGAGCUGAUAGAAACCGUCGUUUACGUGACUAA